AUGAGUGCAAAGAAAAACGUCUUUCAUGAAGAUUUAUUUGGACGUGCUUUUGUAGACCAGAAUGAAUCUGCAGGAAGUGAUUCUGAUGGCAUCAGCGAUAGCGUUGUGGGGAAUGUGAGUAAAUUACUAGUUAUACCUAAUGGAUACACUGGAAAAUUACGAAAAGGCCAUCUAAUCUUCGACGCAUGUUUCGAAAGUGGAAAUCUUGGAAAGGUUGUGUACGUCAGUGAAUACGAGUAUGAUUUAUUUAUACGUCCGGAUACAUGUAAUGCACGAUUCAGAGUAUGGUUUAAUUUCACAGUGGAAAACACUAAAUAUGAACAGAGAGUAAUUUUCAAUGUGGUAAAUUUUAGCAAGACAAAGUCUUUAUAUCGAGAAGGUAUGUCCCCAGUUGUUAAAUCGUCUAGCCGUCCUUCCUGGUCUCGCAUUCCACAAAAAUGUGUUUUCUACUACCGAUCCCCUGAACAAAAGAAAAAAUACGUUAUGUCUUUCGCAUUUUCUUUUGAUUGUGAAGAGGACGUCUAUCAAUUCGCGUACUGUUAUCCGUAUACUUACAGCAGACUACAGACGUACUUAGAGAUACUAGAAACUAAACAUUAUGCCCAUUUCAAGAGAGAACUUUUGGGCCUGACAGUACAACAAAGACGUCUAGAUCUUAUAACAAUUACUCAUCCUAGUAAUCUCAAUAAAACGGCUGACAAGAAACGUGUGAUAUUUGUGACCGCUCGUGUUCAUCCUGGUGAAACACCAUCAUCUUAUGUUUGCCAAGGAUUUAUUGAUUUCAUGGUUAGUAAUCAUUCGAUAGCUCAACAAUUACGUGAACAUUUAAUUUUUAAAGUUGUUCCAAUGUUAAAUCCAGAUGGUGUUUAUUUGGGAAAUUAUAGAUCAUCUUUAAUGGGAUUCGAUUUAAAUAGACAAUGGCAGUCUCCAUCCUUAUGGGCACAUCCUACUAUUUAUGCUACAAAACAAUUGUUAAUGAAUUUGGACAAUAAUCCAUUCAUCGAUGUGAAUUUCUUCAUUGAUAUACAUGCACACUCUACACUAAUGAAUGGAUUUAUGUAUGGAAAUAUAUAUGAGGAUGAAAAACGAGCAGAAAGGCAAGCUAGAUUUCCAAGUUUGUUAAGUCAGUUUGCUGAAGACUUUAGUUUACCACAGACAAAUUUCAAUAAAGAUACUUUAAAAGCUGGAACUGGUCGACGCACAUUGGGUGGUAUUCUGGACGAUCACACUAUUUGUUAUACAUUAGAAGUUUCAUUUUACAGUUACACAAAUAUGUUAACCAAUGAAAUGAUUCCGUAUACUGAAGAAAAGUAUGCUCGACUAGGCAGAAAUUUAGCUAGAACAUUUUAUGAAUAUUAUUCAAAUGAAGGUACUUUAUGUAACAUGUCGUCGUCAUCUAGAGUUGAUUCAAUUCAUUCACCUGGUAAUAUUUCGAUAUCAAGCUAUUCCUUACAUAAUAAUCAUAAUUUAUCAAAUGUCAAUUUAGAGGAUGACCACAGUCAACAUCAUCACAGUAAUGAUGUAAAGAAUUAUGGAAUAAAUAAAGAAUCAAUCGUCCAACCCACGUCAUCUAAAGACUGUUUAGAAGAUAGACUAAAAUAUAAUUAUGAUCAGUUAAAAAGAUUAAAUCAGACAUUGAAUUCCUUAAGUUGUUGUACAAUAUCAGAUUCAUUCUCAGCAAAUGCACAUUCAUCGAGAUCAACAUCAAAAGAUAAGAGCUGA